AUGACCACCACUGCUGAGCCCCUUGAUGAUGCAUCCGAGCCCAAUGCCUUGCCAAUGGAGUUCAUGCAACUGAAUGAAAACCUCGCCGAAAAGCACAUGGAGAUCCAGAACGACUGCAAACCUUUUGAACCGGAGAUGAUUCUUUUCUCCACCCAUGGUACCAGUGGCAUUCUCGACACAGGCCCGAGACCACCUCAACCAAGUUCAUUGAACUUGUACAGAGCCUUCAGGAUCGCCAAAGCCAUGAGCCUUGCCAGUCGAAUGGACCGAGUCAUGGCUCAAACAUCUCCCGACGGAAUAGCAGCCUUCGAGCAGAUGACGUUAGAAGAGAUGGGCAACUGCAAGAUAGCGUUUGGAAAAGCGCAUGUGGGCAAGUCAUACCUCGAGAUGUGGGAACAAGAGAAGUCGUGGAUGAAAUGGUUCAUCCGAACCUACUCAGACAGCCAACGAGAAGAACACAAGAAGCUGAUCAUCUAUGUCGAAAAGAUGGUGCAACAGCUCGAGAUCAGCAAUGGUCUCCCAACCCUGGAGGAGACAGAGACGCAACAGGGGAUUGUACAGCCUCGCUGCAAAGUACACCCCAAGGCCAAAGCGUCAGCCCGCAUGACAAACCAGGCACACUUCGAUGCCAUGACCAUCAUGAGCGAAGAUCCCAACGACCCAUGGGAUGUGAUGGAACAGAUCCACACCAUGCCGGUGACCAUGCAACACCAGGAAGACAUGAACGCCAUGCAGAACCGCGUUCUCGCCGUGGAGAAUGCCCUGACAGAGAUCCUGAGCCUCUUGCGUCCCGGGCACAUUCGUUCCGAGCCGAUGGUACAGGUAAUGGAAGUUCUUUGUGGUCCCCAGAGUGAACUCACGAAACAAGUGAACAACAUGGGAUACCGAGCUGUGAGGUUUGGGUAUCAAGAAGGGGAUGCAGCCACGAAAGAAGGAAGAGAAUUGUUGUUUGCAAAGAUCCAUGCCUGUAGUCCCAAACAUAUCUGGUAUAGUCCAACAUGUGGGCCAUGGUGCGCCUGGAGUCACUUGAACGAAUCCAAAAGUGAAGCCAGUUUUCAGAGGAUUCAAGACCUCAGAGAUGAAAACCUGUAUCAGUUGGCUUUAGGUUUGGUCUUGUACCGCCACCAAGUUUGCCGAGGAUGUCACAUGCAUUGGGAGCAACCAGCCAAGUCAAUCAUGUUGAGGACCCCAUUGUUAAAGGAGGUCAUCCAAGGUACACAGGUCGCAGAGUUUGACAUGUGCCGUGUUGGACUCAUGAGGGAUCCAGUCAACCAACUUUUGUACAAAAAGGGAAUGGAGAUUGCCACCACAUCACAACAGUUUUACCUACAAUUUCACGGUCGAACAUGCAACCAUCAACAUGAACAUCAACAACUAGCGGGUGAGACCACUGUCAGAGGUAUCAGAAUCAGAAGAACAGAAUUUUCUGAAAGGUAUAACCGAAAAUUUGCUCGAGCUCUUGCAAAAGUCCUCACAAAACUCUCAUGUGCCAAAGAGGUCCCAUUUGCCUUUGCGAGUGCAUUUGCCGUUGUGAACAAACGCAGAAACAGUGCUUCCAGUGCGCCUCCUCUGAAACGAGCCAAACUGAGAAACAGCGAAUUGAUUGAGCCUGCCGAAAUGCCUGUCAAAAGAAGAAGAACUUCUGGAAAGACCCCAGAAGCCACAAGCAUGAAUAGCCUAUGUGAUCGCAUUUGUUCUCAGAUAUCUCAGGUAGCCCCCCGAGUAGGUCGCAAAGAAAUUGAUCAGUCUCAAAUACUUGCUGACCUCCAAGAGUUGUUCCAUGAGAAACAAAUUGUUCGGGUUGUUGCAUGUAAGGGGACUGAGCGAACAAUAAUGCCACCAAAAGACUUAGUACCAGAUGAAGCCCCUUUCCGAAGAGCCAUCAUAGUACAGAGAGUCACAAAAAAAGUCCUUGUGGAAGACCAAUGGGAAGAGUGGAAAUACCUCUCCAACAGGCAGCUAUGGAGGCGCUCUCAUCCAUGUUUCCUGAAUAUAACAGUUUUUGCUCGCAAUCCAGAUGCACAUGAUCCCAGCGUAGCCAGCGUGAGAAUUCAAGCAUCCGAGCCAGCCACUGCAGACCAAUCCCAGGCCUUGGAAAGGCCACAUACUGACAUGCCUGAAUCAGGAUCACCAGCAAUGUCUCCAGCCGAAGAGACACCGAAUGUCAGUCCAAUGCAGAGGCCAAAUCCAGAACCCGUCCAGGAACCACUAGACCCAAGUGCAAUCGAUGAAGCCAGCACUCAACAUGGCCCGAAGUUCAUGAGCAUGAACCCUGAAAAUAAGAAGAUAGCCAUCCGAUUGCAUAAGAAUCUAGGUCACCCUGAUCCUCAGAAGCUUAGCAAGGUUCUCCAACAGCGAGGAUACAGCCCAGAACUUUAUCAAGGG